AUGGAUACUGAUUCAAAUGAAAAAACAAAUUGUUGCGUUGACGGUUGUCCAUCCAAUCUCAACAAUAAUUCUCUUUGUCUUACUCAGACAAUAGAGUUCGCUUGUGAAAAUUGUACAAAAAAAUUUUGUUUUACUCAUUUUGUUGAUCAUAUGAAAAAAGGAGAAGAAGAUCCAAAAUCAAACAAAGUAUCAUGUAACUCAACUUCUAAUCAUUUGUGUUCAACUGGCUUAGCUAUAAUAUCGGACAAAGAAGCCCUGGUACUUCAACCAGUGGCUACGUCAACACCUAUUAAUUUAAUAGAGUUGAAUUCAUCAUUAAAAGGCGACAUCGUUGAAGAUGAAAAUCACCUUAUUGCAAAUAAUGUAAUCGAAGUUAUGGAUUCAAAUAUGAGCAACCAGGCUGAUAUACUCAUAUCAAAUGACGUUGAUUCUAAAUUAGAAUCAACUAUAAAAGAAAAGCCUUAUGUGCAAAAGCCAAAUCAAACUGUAGAAAGUGAAAACUCGCUUAAAGAAAAUACUGAAAGAUUAAAUCGAUCAAACUUUUACCUUAAAAAUAUAACGACUUCUAUGAAUUACAUGCAGGUUUUUAUUUCGAUUGUAACAAAGUUUCCAUUAAUUCAAUUGAACGCAACUGAUAAAUCACCAAGAAUUAAAUAUUUAUGUGUAGCUGAUACAUCAAUAUCACCGAAUGAACAACUGGUUUCAAUACAACUUAGCUUUGAAAACAAAGUUAAUUUUAAGCACAAAUUUCUGAAUAAUCUUUUUCCUGAUUUGAAACUAUCAGAUUACUUACUCAUUGCAAAUGGUGACCUUUUUAAUGAGGAAAUUAAAUCUUUAUCUCAAGAAAGAUACAUUGAAUCAUCAGUUCGUUCAUCUAAAAAACAAAAAUCAUUAUUCAAAGAUUAUUAUCGUGAAAAACAGCAGGAAGCCGCCUCGACUGCAUUGAAGCAGCCAUCACUUGCUAAUGCCGUUGCUGUCAUAAAAGAUACCUUUCCAUUUGAGUAUCUGACUUUUGGAAAUCAAAUGAGAGGUAAUAUUGAAUAUGAACUCCAACAGAUUGAAAAGCAAAAAGAAAUUGAAUAUAAACCAGUGUAUGAUUCAACAUCAUUUAAAAUUCCUGAAGAGCAUCGAAACAAAAUAAAGGAAUGGCUGGAGUAUGAUUUUCACAUGCGUAUUGAAGGAAAUAUUACUCGAUCAAGAUGCUUAUUCUUGAUUGGACCAACUCAACAUGGUAUUUAA